GUAAUAUUUAGUAUUUACAUCCUCUUUGAUGUCAAGGCUCAAGUCGACCAAGUCGUCAACAUGGCUCUAAACUUAGUUGUUAAAGUUCAUCCAGUUGUAUUAUUUCAAAUAGUAGAUGCAUAUGAACGUAGAAAUGCAGACUCACAUCGAGUUAUUGGUACAUUACUGGGUACCGCAGAUAAAGGUGUUGUGGAAGUCACAAAUUGCUUUUGCGUGCCCCACAAGGAACAUGCCGAUCAGGUCGAGGCUGAGCUGAACUAUGCUAUGGAUGUAUAUGAACUGAACCGGAGAGUCAAUUCAUCAGAAAAUAUUGUUGGGUGGUGGGCAACGGGCAGUGAGGUAACCAACCACUCAUCGGUGAUCCACGAGUACUACUCGCGCGAGUGCCGCGAACCCGUUCACGUGACACUCGACACCUCGCUGGCGGACGCGCGCAUGGGCCUGCGCGGUUACGUAUGCGUGCCGCUGGGUGUGCCGCGCGGCAAGCAAGGCUGCAUGUUCACGCCCAUCGACGUGGCGCUCACGUGCUAUGAGCCCGAGGUGGUCGGCCUGCGUCUGUGCCACCGCACUCUGGGAGGCGGCGCGCGCUCGAGACCCGUGCAGCCCGCGCACGACCUGGCGCUUGUGGCCGACGCAGCGGGCUCGCUAGCCACGCUGCUGGACCAGGUGGUGCAGUAUGUGGAGGAUGUCCUAGCGGAGAACGCAGCGCCUAACAACGCGGUGGGGCGCGAGUUGCUUGAGCUGGUGCACGCCGUGCCAAACCUGGCCGCGGAUACCUUCGCUGACGCAUUCGCCUCCAGUGUCAAGGACUUGCUUAUGGUGGUAACACUAGCCCAACUCAUCAAAACUCAACUCCAACUUAACGAGAAGCUGACACUGCUGACGACUCAGUGAACCCGGAUUCAAUACGAGCCCAUUUUGACAACAACACCAACAUUGUGCAUUGUUAUUCUAUUUCUUGCAAUUAUAAAAUAUUAGAGGAGUGGAAGCAUUGUGAAAAAAAGGAGUUGGGAGUGCUGUAAAAAAAAUCUCUUUUAAUAAAUAUAUUGUUCACAACAUU